AUGCAGCUAUCCUAUCUUCUCCUGUCCGUCUUAUCUGCUACGGCUCUUGCCAGAGACCACAAUGGGGGUCGCAACUCGACACAGGCUCAGUGCAAGCGGUUCCUGAAGGGCGAGGCGUUGGUCAAGGUUGCCGGUAACGACACCCUCUUGGCCCAGAUCACGCACAACAACGCUACCAAGAUCGACCUGAUCAAGAAGAAGGCGGCCGAGGUUCAGCCCAAGCUUGAUGAGGCCAAGAAGAACACCACUUUGAUGGCAACAUGCGAACAGGUCCGUGCCGUCCAGAUGGAGAACGGACAGUGCCGCUUCAUGAACCGUAUGGACCAUCUUCAGAAGCUGGUUGCCAACGAGACCACUCUCAACGCCGUUACCAAGAACAACGCCACCAAGGCCGAGAAACUCAAGGCAAAGGUUCAGGAGGGUAUGGCCAAGCUGGGCGAGAUGCAGAAGAAUCAGACUCUUCUCCAGUACUGCUCGGCAAGAACCACCAAGGGAGAGUGCAAGGAAAUGAACCAUCUCAACAAACUCAUUGCUCUCUCUAAGAACGACACCGCCCUGAACGACAAGUUCAAGGGCAACGCCACUAAGAUCGAGAAGUUCAAGGCCAAGGCUGCCAAGAAGGAAGCCAAGCUCAACGAGAUGAUGAACAACUCGACCCUCAUGGGUGUCUGCCAGCAGCUCAAGGCCGGCAAGGGCGGCAAGGGUGGUGCCAACAACAGCCAGAACGGUAUCGACAGUGGCGCCGCUGGCGUCAGAGCUGCCGGUGCCUUCAGCUUGGCUGCUGUUGUCGCCGUCGCCGUUGGCUUGGUGAUGUAA